AAUCAAUGGUAUGUUGGUAUCUAACAUAAACGAUUGAUCAUAUUGUGAUAACAUUGAGGUGUCAAAUACUCAAAUGUUAAUAGACAAUGAUAUGGAAAAGUAUUAUUGCCAAAUGCCAAUAUGGCUAUGCCAUGUUGCCAUGAAUUAGAAAUUAGAAUGUCAAUAUUGCACGUUUAAUAAUUGGUUUGCACAAUAAAUUUCUUUACUGACCUUUAAAUUUUAAUAUAAAAUACAAUUUAGAUAUUACUGAUAUUAGACUUUAGUUAACUUGAAGAAAUUCAUACCAUAAGUCACUUAUUUCUCAGAUAUAUUGUUUUACUAUUGUAAUUUUCAUAAUUUGUAUAUACUUAAAGAUUAAUUAUAAUAAUAAUAAUAGGUACCUAGUACGAAUAGUGAGUUAUCCUUUCUUAAGUUCAUACUAUGUACUAAACAUUCAAUAACAUUUCAAUAUAUGUGAAUAGUGAACAUGUGGAAUGAGGAUAUUACUAUAGUAUAACAAUUUGUUUAAAAAUGUAUCGUGUUAUUUACUUUAAUAUUUUACUAACAUUUAAUAAAUACAUUUUUUUUAAAUGACUUCAUUAUACUAAAGUAAGUGACUUAUAAUAUAAUAUAAAUAAUAUUAUAAUGCAGCCUCUACAAUUGAUAUGUUCAAAACUUUCAAGAUUCUUAUCAAAUACUUAUUCAUCCAGAAAAAUACAUUUUAAUUCUCAUGAUAUAUUUUCCAAAAACAACUCUUUAAAAUCUGUGAAAUGUUUUAAGUCAUUAUGUCCUAAACUGAAUACUGAUGGUAAACGUCAAGCUGCUGUUCUUAUUCCAUUAUGUAUUGUUAAAGAUGAAAUAUCCUUAUUGUAUACAUUAAGGACAAAUAAUUUAAAAAGAAAUAGUGGUCAAGUAUCUUUCCCUGGUGGAAUGCGUGAAACAGAUGAACAACUACAAGAUACAGCACUGAGAGAAUCUUGUGAAGAACUUGGAAUAAGCAAAACCAGUAUUGAUAUUUGGGGAAGUGGUAGAUUUAUUGUUUCUAAAGACAUAGCAAUUAUGCCAUUUUUAGGAAAUAUUGGUGUUAUAGAACCAGAGAAUUUAAAUAUUUCUAGUGAAGAAACAACAAUCAAACAGAUUAAUGAAGAUUCCAGUAUACACAAAUGACUAUAAAAGAAUAUGGGGCAUGACUGCUUAUAUGACUUGGUUGGUAUUAAAAUCCAUUAUACCAGAGAAGUUUAAUCAAAAACUUACUUAAGAUAUUAGGAUUAUGUAUUAUCUAUUAUAAACUAUAGUUACCAUUUUAAGUAUUUUAUUAAGGGGACAUAAUAUAUUAAUAUCUGCACACAUUGUCUUUGUCUUAUAACGCUCAAUAUAUCAAAAUGUAAUUCUAGCAGUUAAAAUUGUGUGUUAACCUUAACAUAAAUAUUAGAGAUGAUUAAAUUAUUAUAAAAGUAAAUGUGAUAACAUUAUCUGUGUUCUCUAGUUGGUUUUCUAUCAUACUUGAAUUUUAAAGUAAAUUAUGAGUAUAUUCAAAUAUUGAUAAUUUAUGGACUUAUAGUCACUUGAAAAUUCAAGUAUUGUAAAAAACCAGCAAGAAAACGCAGUUAAUGUUCUUACAUUCAACUUUGAUAGUAUGUUAUUAUGUUAAUUCUCUCUAAUAUUAAGGAUAAAAA